CCGCUCAGCUUCGCCAUGUCCGAGACCGCCCCUGCCCCGGCUGCGGAGGCAGCGCCCGCCGCCGCCGCCCCGGCCCCCGCCGCCGCCAAGGCCGCCGCCAAGAAGCCGAAGAAGGCGGCGGGCGGCUCCAAAGCCCGCAAGCCGGCGGGCCCCAGCGUCACCGAGCUGAUCACCAAGGCCGUGUCCGCCUCCAAAGAGCGCAAGGGGCUCUCCCUCGCCGCCCUCAAGAAGGCGCUGGCCGCCGGCGGCUACGAUGUGGAGAAGAACAACAGCCGCAUCAAGCUGGGGCUCAAGAGCCUCGUCAGCAAGGGCACCCUGGUGCAGACCAAGGGCACCGGCGCCUCCGGCUCUUUCCGCCUGAGUAAGAAGCCGGGAGAAGUGAAGGAAAAAGCCCCCAAGAAGCGGGCGGCCGCCGCCAAGCCCAAGAAGCCGGCGGCCAAGAAGCCCGCCAGCGCCGCCAAGAAGCCCAAGAAGGUGGUGACCGCGAAGAAGAGCCCCAAGAAAGCUAAGAAGCCGGCGGCUGCCGCGACCAAGAAAGCGGCCAAAAGCCCCAAGAAAGCGACGAAGGCUGCCAAGCCCAAAAAGGCGGUGGCAGCAGCAAAGAGCCCGGCCAAGGCGAAGGCGGUGAAGCCCAAAGCAGCCAAGCCCAAGGCGGCCAAGCCAAAAGCGGCCAAGGCGAAGAAGGCGGCGCCCAAGAAGAAGUAAACCCACGUGGAAGAAAAUUCUUGCUCCGCUCUUAAACCCAACGGCUCUUUUAAGAGCCACC